UGUGUGUGUGUGUGUGCGUGUGUGUGUGUGUGUGUGUGUGUGUGUGUGUCUCUCUCUCUCUCUCUCUGUGUCCAGUGUUACUGGUUUACUUCUCAAAUUUGAGAAGAUGAGUGAUUUAGAAGAAGACCAGGACAGAUCCUGCAGCUGUCCCUCUAUGGAGUGGGAGCAGUCUGAAGAUGAUCCUCAAAACUCCAGUAAUGAACCUGGACCCUCAGACACAAAAGAGAACAAAAGUCAUGUUUCUAUGGAGGAGCAGCCAUCCCGCUGUACUUUGUGUCAUGACGUCCUGAAGGAUCCAGUCUCUACCAGCUGUGGACACUGGUUCUGCAGAGAGUGCAUCACCUCAUACUGGGAACAAUCUGCUUCAUCAGGAGACUCCUCCUGUCCCCAGUGUGGAAAAAGAUCCAGAACAAGAGCUGGACUGCAGACAGCUAGUCAGACCAGCACUGUACCAAAUCGUGGUCUGCAGGCAGUUUCAGUUGGACAUAUAAUCAGUCUGAAGACAAGAUUUGAACAUGUGACUGAAGGACCUAUUAAAACAGGAACUGAAACCCCCCUAAACAGGAUCUACACUGAGCUUUACAUCAAAGCGGGACAGAGUGAAAACGUUAACACCCAACAUGAGGUAUUGCAGCUUGAGACAGCUUCCAAGAUGGAAACCUUCAAUGACACUCCAAUCAAGUGCUGCGACAUCUUUAAAGCCUUACCUGGCCAACAGAAACACAUCAGAGUCGUUCUGACUAACGGUGUCGCUGGUGUUGGAAAAACCUUCUUAGUGCAGAAGUUCUGUCUGGACUGGGCAGAGGGUUUGGACAACCAAGAUAUCAGCCUGGUGAUCCCGCUGUCGUUCAGGGAGCUGAACUUGAUCAAAGAUGAGCAGUACAGUCUUCUAGAGCUGAUCCAUGUUUUCCAUCCAGCAUUACAGAAGCUCACAGCAGAUCAACUCGCUGGCUGUAAAGUUCUCUUCAUCUUUGACGGCCUGGAUGAAAGCAGACUUUUACUGGAUUUCCUUAACAAUGAGGUUGUGUCUGAUGUCACAGAGAAGUCAUCAGUUAACGUGCUUUUAACAAACCUCAUCGAGGGGAAUCUGCUUUCCUCAGCUCUCGUUUGGAUAACUUCCCGACCUGCAGCAGCCAAUCAGAUCCCUCCUGCAUGUGUUGACAGGGUAACAGAAGUACAAGGCUUCAAUGACGCCCAGAAAGAAGAGUACUUCAGGAAGAGAAUUAGUGAUGAAGAGCUGUCCAGCAGAAUCAUUUCCCACAUCAAGACAUCCAGGAGCCUGUACAUCAUGUGUCUUCUCCCAGUCUUCUGCUGGAUCACUGCUACAGUUCUGGACCACAUGUUGACUACCGACCAGAGAGGAGAGCUGCCCAGAACACUGACUGACAUGUACUCACACUUCCUACUGGUUCAGACAAAGAGGAAGAAGCAGAAGUAUGAUGAGGGACAUGAGACGAGUUCACAGGAGCUGACGGAGGCUGACAGGGAAGUUCUUCUGAAGAUGGGGAGGCUUGCGUUUGAACAGCUGGAGAAAGGAAACAUCAUGUUCUACCAAGAAGACCUGGAGCGGUGUGGUCUUGAUGUGACAGAGGCCUCGGUGUACUCAGGAAUUUGUACAGAGAUCUUCAAAAGAGAGAGUGUGAUCUUCCAGAAAACAGUCUACUGCUUCAUCCAUUUGAGCGUUCAGGAGUUUCUGGCUGCAGUCUAUUUCUACCACUGUUACACCAACAGGAACACAGAGGUACUGGAGGACUUCCUGAGAGAAGACAGGGAUAAUUACCGAACCCUGAAUGACCUCUACUAUGAGAGUGACAAUGACAGUGAUGGUUAUGAAAAUGAUAACCUAUCUCUGGAUGUUUUCCUGAGGAGAGCCAUGGAGAAAUCCCUGAACAGUAAAAAUGGCCACCUAGACCUGUUUGUCCGCUUCCUCCACGGCCUCUCUCUGGAGUCCAACCAGAGAUUGUUAGGAGGUCUUCUGGGUCGGACAGACAACAGUCCAGAAAUGAUCCAAAGAUCCAUCAACAAUCUGAAGAAGAUUAACAUGGACAAGAUCUCUCCUGACAGAAGCAUCAACAUCUUCCACUGUCUGACGGAGAUGAACGACCACUCAGUCUAUCAGGAGAUCCAAGAAUUCCUGAAGUCAGGGAACAGAUCAGAGAAGGAACUUUCAGAGAUCCACUGCUUAGCUCUGGCCUACAUGCUGCAGAUGUCAGAGGAGGUUCUGGAUGAGUUGGACCUGGAGAAGUACAACACAUCACUUGAGGGACGACGGAGACUGAUUACAGCUGUGAGGAACUGCAGAAAGGCACUACUUACUGGCUGUUACCUCUCAAAUUCUCACUGUGAAGUUGUGGCCUCAGCUCUGAAGUCCAACCCCUCCCAUCUGAAAGAACUGGACCUAAGUUACAACAAGAACCUGCAAGAUUUAGGAGUGAAGCUUUUGUCUGAUGGACUGAAGAGUCCAAACUGUAGACUGGAGACGCUGAGAUUGAGGUACUGCAGUUUGUCAGCGAUCAGCUGUGCUUCUCUGGCCUCAGCAUUGAAGUCCAAUCCCUCCCAUCUGAGAGAGCUGGAUCUGAGUGACAACCAGUUGCAGGAUUCAGGAGUAGAGCUGCUCUGUGAUUUUCUUAAGAGUCCACACUGUAAACUGGAGACUCUGAGAUUGAGGGGCUGCAGUUUGUCAGAGAUCAGCUGUGCUUCUCUGGCCUCAGCUCUGAAGUCCAACCCCUCCCAUCUUAGAGAGCUGCAGCUGAGUAACAACAAGCUGCAGGAUUCAGGAGUGAAGCUGCUGUGUGAUUUUCUGAAGAAUCCACACUGUACACUGGAAACUUUGAGAUUAUGGAACUGCAGUUUGUCGGAGAUCAACUGUGCUUCUUUAGCCUCAGCUCUGAGGGCCAACCCUUCCGAUCUGAAAGACUUGGACCUGAGUCAUAACAACCUUCAGGAUUUAGGAGUGAAGCUGCUGUGUGAUUUUCUGAAGAGUCCACAAUGUAGACUUGAAACUCUGAGAUUGAGGGGCUGCGGUUUGUCAGGGAUUAGCUGUUCUUCUCUGGCCUCAGCUCUGAAGUCCAACCCCUCCCAUCUGAGAGAGCUGCAGCUGAGUAACAACGAGCUGCAAGAUUCAGGAGUGAAGCUGCUGUGUGAUUUUCUGAAGAGUCCACUCUGUAGACUGGAGAUUCUGAGAUUGUGGGGCUGCAGUUUGUCAGAGAUCAGCUGUGCUUCUCUGGCCUCAGCUCUGAAGUCAAACCCCUCCCAUCUGAGCGAGUUGGAGCUGAGUGACAAGCUUCAGGAUUCUGGAGUAAAGCUGCUCUGUGAUUUUCUACAGAGUCCAAGAUGUAGACUGAAGACUCUGAGAUUGAGUCGCUGCGGUUUGUCAGAGAUCAGCUGUGCUUCUCUGGCAUCAGCACUGAAGUUCAACCCCUCCCAUCUGAGGGAGCUGGACCUGAGUCUUAACAACAUUCUGGAUUCAGGAGUGGAGCUCCUCUCUUGUCAUUUGGAGAGUCCACACUGUAGACUGGAGACUUUGAGGAUCAAUGACAAGUUGAUCACAGCUAAGACACACAAGAAAUAUGACUCCAAUGUGAAACUUGAUGUGAAAACAAACCUGCCAGAGAAAAACGAAAAGGCUCCAUUAUCCUUCUCACCUGAACACACAACUGAAUCUUCAUACAGGUUCAGGUGUCCUGGUCCAGGUGUGUUUCAGUGCAAUUUGACUGGACUGGUGUUCGUUAUGGCUCAGGAGGCGGAGCUGCUGUACAGUAUUGUCCAGUGGAACCAGAGCCUCCUCCAACCAGCUGGCAAGAAGGCUGCAGGGCCGCUGUUUGAAAUCAAGAGCUCUGAGGAUGCUGCUGUCCUUCAGCUCCACCUUCCACACUGUGAAACAAAGGAUGCGUUGCUCUUUGAUGGCCUGCUGUCUGUUGUCCACAUCACUGAUGAUGGAAUGAGCAUCUUGGAGCCGCUGGAGGUUACAGAUACUCAUGUGGUUGUGAAGGUCCCUCACCUCUCUGCCUUUGGCCUGGUCUGGGAUUUCGUCAGAAGGUUUGUGAGCUUAAUGCUGCCAAUAGAGGGCCAAGUUCUGCUGUUCCUUCGGCCCCCACGCGCAAGGUAUCAAGUACUCGAUGUAUUUCUGCUGCCCGACAACGUCCCUCUAGAUGAGGUUGAAAAGAAACAACGAGGUGCUGAAUACCUCACGAUGUCAUCUGAAUGUCAUCUCGGCAUUGGUCAAAGUUACAGUGUCCACUGUGAACCUGAGGGCUUCACAAUACAGCCUGAGCAUGCAACAUUUCACUUGAAGUAUGGACCAAAUUUCCAUCCAACAUUUGAAGUUUUUUUGACUACGGACACAGAGAAAGUGACUUUGAAGGUCCAGGACCAAGAGAGGAGAGAAGUGUGGAAACGUCAGGUGUUACUGAAAGAGGACAGCGUCCCAGUAGUGGACAGCAUCCCAGCAGAGGACAGUGUCCCAGUUGUGGACAGCGUCCCAGCAGAGGACAGCGUCCCUGUAGUGGACAGCGUCCCAGCAGUGGAUGGCGUCCCAGCUGACGAGAAGCUCUUCUCAAUUCGAAUACAGUUUCUUAACAGAGUGACUGAACCUGUUCUGAAUCAGCUUCUGGAUAAACUUCUUGAGCGUCACGUGAUAAAUGACGCUGAAAUGCAGUCGGUCAGAACAAAAGCCAGAGAAGACAAAGCACGAGACGUGAUCGACACGGUGCGAAGAAAGGGAGCUAAAGCCAGCUCAGUUCUGAUCGCUGCUCUCUGUCAGGUGGACCCAUGUCUUUUCAGAGUGCUGAACUUCAGAUGAAGCAAAAGCAAGAAACUGUGGAGUGGGAUGAUUGUAAACCUUGAUUGAGAAGUUCAUCUCAUUAGUUACAUAUGAGUGUUAUGCCAUGUACAUUAAUGUGCUGCUGUAACAUUAUUAACAGUUCGAAUCAAUCUCCUUUCAAAACAAGAACAGAAAGCAAACAGAAACCACAACCUGAAACGGGGGCAAUUUAAAGCUGAAAAUCUGUUGAACUAAACUAAACUAAACUAAUUUACAGGAAUUUAUUCUGGAUUCACCCAAUUUGAAGACGAUGUGGUGAAAUCUUAAAUAAGAGAGAAUAGGAGGAGAAGAGGGGAGGGCAGGACAAAAUGUGAGUCAGGGUCAGAGUGUUGUUCUUUGUUUCCGCCACUAGAUGGAGUCACUUCUCUGAUGGACAUAGAAGAUGCAGCUGCAGCAUCAGGCAGAUGUGAAAAUCGGAAGAAAAACAAUUGAGAAUGAUUCAUUGUGAUGUUAAUACUUUUUACUUGAGUACGAUUUUAAAUGCAGGACUUUUACUUGUAAUAUUUCUACACUGUCUGUGAUAUUGCUACUUUUACUUGA